GCUUCUCUGAGUCCAGCGCGUUGGCGGAAGAUCCUCGCAAGCAUGGCCCCGGGGGCUGUAUUUGGGCUGCUGCUGCCAUUACUCCUGUGGGCCGGCAGAAGUGCAGGUAUCGGUUUUCGCUUUGCUUCAUACAUGAAUAAUUACAUGGUGCUUCAGAAGGCGCCUGCUGGGGCAGUGAUCUGGGGCUAUGGUACACCUGGAGCCAUAGUGACAGUGACCUUGUGCCAAGGUCAGGAAACCAUCAUGAAAAAAGUGGCCAGUGUGAAAGUACCCUCUAAUACUUGGAUGGUGAUACUGGAUCCUAUGAAGCCUGGUGGACCUUUUGAAGUGAUGGCACAACAGACUUUGGGAACAAUGAAUUUCACCAAGAGAGUUCAUGAUGUUUUAUUUGGAGAUGUCUGGCUUUGCAGUGGGCAGAGUAAUAUGCAGAUGACUGUUUUACAGAUCUUUAAUGCUACACAGGAGCUGUCCAACACUGCUGCCUACCAGUCUGUCCGCAUUUUGUCUGUCUCUCUUGUUCAGGCAGAGGAGGAGCUGGAAGAUCUUGAUGAGGUUGACUUGCAGUGGUCUAAGCCCACCUCAGAAAGCUUAGGCCAUGGAUAUUUCACAUACAUGUCAGCAGUGUGCUGGCUCUAUGGACGUUACCUGUAUGACACCCUGCAAUAUCCCAUUGGGCUGAUCUCCUCCAGCUGGGGUGGGACACCCAUUGAAGCCUGGUCAUCAGGAAGGUCAUUGGAAGCCUGUGGAAUCUUUAAGAAAGGGUCCGUUUCAGAUUUUGGAGCUGGUCCCCAGGAACACUCUGUUCUUUGGAAUGCCAUGAUCCAUCCACUAUGUAAUAUGACAUUGAAAGGUGUGGUAUGGUAUCAGGGGGAGGCUAAUAAGGAUUAUAACAGAGACCUGUACAAUUGCACGUUCCCUGCACUCAUUGAAGACUGGCGUCAAACCUUCCACCAUGGCUCCCAGGGACAAACAGAACGUUUCUUCCCGUUUGGAUUUGUCCAGUUGUCUUCAUUUUUGACCGGUUACUCAGAUGAUGGAUUUCCUGAGAUCCGUUGGCAUCAAACAGCAGACUUUGGCUUUGUCCCCAACCCAAAGAUGCCUAAUACUUUCAUGGCUGUUGCUAUGGAUCUCUGUGAUAGGGACUCACCUUUUGGCAGCAUCCACCCUCGAGAUAAACAGACUGUGGCCUACCGAUUGCACUUGGGGGCCCGUGCUGUGGCUUAUGGUGAAAAGAAUUUGACCUUUCAAGGACCACUGCCUGAGAAGAUACAGCUCUUUGCUCACAAAGGGCUACUCAGCCUCACAUAUUCCCAGCAAAUCCAGGUGCAGAGGCGGGACAACAAGAUAUUCGAGAUUUCAUGUUGCAGUGACCAUCAAUGCAAGUGGCUUCCAGCUCCCAUGAACACUUUCUCCACCCAUAACUUGACCUUGGAUAUAAAUUCUUGUCUUGGCACUGUGGUUGCUCUUCGCUAUGCCUGGACUACAUGGCCUUGUGAAUAUAAGCAGUGUCCCCUAUACCACCCUAGCAGUACCCUGCCAGCUCCUCCCUUCAUUGCUUUUGCUACAUACUAGGUUCCUGGACAUGAGAGUUUUCCUACAUCAUAGUUAAAGUACUAUCUGGUCUUAGACACAAAGGUGAGUACUUUAGAUUUUGACAUUUAGGAGUUUAAGUAAUGACAACUCUUGCUUUUAAAGAAAUCAAUAGAAAUGAAUAGCCCCCAGCUAGUACAUGGCUGGGUCUAUAUUCUGAGAGGGCUAGCAGGCAACUUGAAAUACUUGCCUUUCUCCCUCGGCUCUGCCUCUGUACAGGACUAAUUUUAAUUUGGACCUGAAUGUCAUUCAUUUCUCUCAUAUUAUUGGGAGUGAAAUGUCUAACAUUUUUGCCUAUUUUCAUCCAGAACUGUGGAAUCUCAGGGUUUGAAGAAAUUUAAAGGCCAUGAAGGCUGGCUAGUAUUUCGUGUAGUCUUUAUCAUCUCUGACAAGUGGUUACUGAAUCUCUGUUAAGAAGUUUCCAAAUUGUUCUUUAUGUGUACUCAGCUCUUUUGAAAUCUCAAUGAACUCUAUUCCAUGACAGUUUUUCAGGGACUUGAAGACAGACCUAUAUGUAUUCUCUUUAGGCCCCAAAUGAUUCUGUUCUUUCCAUCUAAAUAAUAACUUUAAUAUUUAAAACAAACCAAUCUGUGUAAGGGAUAUUGGGAGGUGCUAAGGAUUUGCCUUAAGGAAUAAAGAGAAAGGGCCAGGUGGUAAUAACCCAGUGCAGGCAUUCAAGUAACAGUAACAGGAAGGGUGGGGGAAUCAUAGGCUUAGGAAAACAUGUAAGUAGAGGUAGGUAACUGAGGCUAACAAGUCAUUCAAUCUGUCAGGCUCUUCAAAGGUAAAAGGUUUAAUUAGGGCUUAUCCACAGAGAAGAAAAAAGCCUGAAAAUAAAGCUACAUGACUUACAGAAAAAUAAUGCAGGUGAGACAAAGGUGAGAGGCUUUUAUGUAUACUAUUGAGAAUAAUGGUUUAUAGACUGAUUAAAAAUAACUGAUGACUCUUGAAAAUUGUUUCUAUUUGAAGCUUAAAAUAAAAGUAUUAUGAUUAUUGAUGUGUAUGUAUUUAUAUCCAGUAAAAACUGUUAGGAACAGACUUAUAACUUGUUCUUGAAGUAUGGCAAAGGAAUAAGAAUGUCAUUUUGGGUAUCUUUCAUAUCUUUAAUGUGAAAACUGAGAACUAAAGCAAUAAGCAUCACUCUCUCUGCAUCAGUCUUCCAAGGGGUUCUGGUUUCAUUCCACUAUCAAGUUUAUUUGAUACAAAAAUCUGAGGACCUUCUAUUAUAUAAUUAGCCCUAAUGCUCAUACUUUGACCUCUUAUGCAUCAGGCCCUAUGGAACCACAAAUUUAGUUAACAGUUUGACUUCUGAGAAAAAGUAAAUCUACCUGUCUUCCAAGCCUCUCCGGUAGGCUGAGGUACACAUGUGGCCCUGGGCUGUUCUAAAGUAGAAGCAGCAAAAGGUGGUCAAGAACUGCAAGCACAAGGUCUUUCAAUACCCAGUAACCUCAUACUCAGUGUAAAAACUUUGGUUUAGGUAGUAGAUAUAUUAAUGAAGUCAUGUAUAAGUAAAUUUGUUCUUAGUGGUUGAAUGAUUUAAAACACUCUGGGAAUUAUAUUUCCCCAAAUGAAAAGAACUUUUUACUGUUUGGCAGUGAAAUAAUUGCUCUAGAAAACUUGGUCUAAAGAAAAACAUAAGCAUGUAAAAGUUACCCCCAAAAUCAUCAAUAAGGGAGAAACAUUACUUUGGUGAA